AUGGCGGCUGCGGGCCCGGCCGGGCAGGGGGGGGAGGCGGACGAGCUCUUCGACGUCAAGAACAGUUUCUACAUCGGCGCCUACCAGGCCGCCAUCAACGAGGCGCAGCGGGUCAAGCCGUCCAGUCCGGAAAGGGAGGUGGAGCGGGAUGUCUUCUUAUACCGAGCCUACAUUGCCCAGAGAAAAUAUGGUGUUGUUCUGGAUGAAAUCAAAGCCAAUGCUUGCCCUGAGCUCCAAGCAGUUAGAAUGUUUGCAGAAUAUCUUUCAAAUGACACUCAGAGGGAUGCAAUUGUUGCUGAUUUGGACAAGAAGAUGGCAAAAAGCGUUGAUGUGACCAAUACGACUUUCCUGCUGAUGGCUGCUUCUAUCUAUUUCCAUGAUGCAAACCCUGAUGCGGCCCUGCGCACACUACACCAAGGAGAAAGCUUGGAAUGCCUGGCGAUGAUGAUACAGAUACUGCUGAAGCUCGACAGGCUCGAUCUGGCCCGCAAGGAACUGAAGAAGAUGCAGGAGCAAGAUGAGGAUGCUACCCUCACCCAGCUGGCCACUGCCUGGGUGAACCUGGCUGUAGGUGGGGAGAAAUUACAGGACGCCUAUUACAUCUUCCAAGAGAUGGCAGACAAAUGCUCAUCUACCCUGCUUCUGCUUAAUGGACAGGCCGCCUGCUACAUGGCACAGGGCAAGUGGGAAGAUGCAGACGGUGUGCUCCAGGAGGCGCUAGACAAGGAUAGCAGCCAUCCUGAGACCCUGAUCAAUUUUGUUGUCCUAUCACAGCAUCUGGGUAAACCACCAGAGGUUACCAAUCGCUACUUGUCACAACUGAAAGAUGCCCAUAAGAAUCACCCAUUUAUACAGGAGUACCAGGCAAAGGAGAAUGACUUUGACCGGCUGGUCAUGCAGUACGCCCCCAGUGCAUGA